AGGUUUCCAAAACCAUCGUGUGUUCUCCACAUCCCAUUCCAUGUAGCCGUACACACAACCAUCAUCGUCGUCAUCAUCUUCUUCUUCUUCUACUCGACUCUCAAGCCAAAACUACAGAGAGUGAAAUUAUCCGUACAUUUUCUUUGCAAAAACUAUCUUAAACCAAUAAUCUACUGAUAGCAUUCUUGUGAGUGCUUCUUCUAUUACCAAACAUUGAAGCUGUAAAAUAAGAGGAAUGGGCCAGGCAUUUCGUCGAGCAUCUGGCAGAAUCCGAGCCACCGAUCCAUCUCCGACUCCCAAGAGCGUAAGUGAACGCAGGCCUCCCGUGGCCACCACCGAUAAGACGGAGAUCUCGAGGAGAACCGCCCAAUAUAAUAAUCAGGACCCUCUUGAUUUUGAUGGUACUCCAAGAAUUAAUGAUGACGAUGUCCUUGAAGAACGAGAUCCACAAUUUGAUGCAAUGCUUAGUCAAAUGGUGGGUAGAAUUAGAUCAAAGCCUGGAGGGAAACUUGAGAUUGGUGAGGCAGCAGUGGGAGAAAGGUAUAAUAGGCCAAUGCCAAAGCUGCGGAAUACAAAACCUGAUUCUGGCAGGUAUGAAGAAAGACCUGCUCCUCAAGGAACUCUGAAUGUGGCACAGCUGCGUCACAUCAUGCUUCUGCGUCAAGGCAAAGCUGAUGAUCACAAUGGGCCGAUGGACGUUCACCAGAUUGCCGAGAAGUUUCAACUUGAAGUUGCACGGGUGCAGCUGAUCUUGCAGUUUUUAUCAUUGCCACCGGAGGACAGCAACAAAAAGAAAAGUUAUCAGUGAUUAUGGAUUGCACUUUUGCUUUACUAACAUGAUAUUCUGUUGAAUAAGGGAGAGUUAAUUCUGCAGUUUGAAAAUUUAUCAGCCGGGCAAUUAUGAUUUCAUUUACUUCAUCACAGAGCAAAUAUAACUAUUUGGUGGGCAUAAGUGUGUAGGAAUGGUUGUACAAUUAUUACAAUCCAAAAUUUUGAGGCUAUUUUUGUUUAAACAGAGAGUUGGGGAAACUUUUAUGGUGAAAUUUUUCUGUUUCAAUUAUAGAAAUUAGAGCUUUAAUUCCA